CGGGCUGCUAUUGGUGGCGUUCACGGCGUCGUUCGUAACGGCAUCUCUGAUCUGCGCUCAGAUGGUUUUGCCGGAGACCGUUUACCUGGAGUCGUUAGUUCGGUUGAAACAAAGCUACGCGGAGGAGUGCCAAGAUUAUUGAUGGUGGAGAAGCCUCAUUUCUUUGUGGCGUUGGUAUGGAUGGAGCUCACUUUCCAAUGGCCCUUGGCUUUACUAAACAUUUAUGGGAUUUUAGCAUCCAAGCCUUGGUUUAACACCACUUGCCUUAUCUAUGGCGUCUCUGCAAUUACCACCAUGACAGCAGUAUUAGGAGAGCUGAUUGGAUCGCAGAAGGGAUCAGAGAAGUUGGUGCAAACGCAUGCAGUGUUCAUGGGAGUGGGAGCCUUAGCCAUGAUUCGAGGUCUGCUUCCUCAAUCUUGCAAGGUUCCAACCAUUGGCAAAAGACCAGCGGCCAGGAAGAAGAGGGCUUGA